AGCCAGGGCUCGGCCCCGCUAACCUGGGACCCGACUUACUACCGGAAGGUACUGGCACGACAUACAUAAAUGUUUUUUUUUUUUUUUCAGCUUCGUGGCACUGAAAAUGAUCCGUACUGAACUACCGAGAAUCCGAGAUGACAAUGACAGUGACAAGUGACAAGUGACAUUGACACUCAUAAAAACAUGCAAAACAUUGUGCUGGCAGCGCUGUGCUAACCGUAACAGCCGAGAAUUCACAAUUCAGUUACUUCCAGUGGUCGUCGAAUACUCGAAUUGUGGGUAUUCGUAUUCUCCGACUCUGUUAAUGCUCAGCAAUUGUGUUUUAUAUUUACUUUACGUCUUAAGCGAUCACUUUACAUAAUAUUACUAUCUUAUUUUCUUGAAAACUUAUAAAAUUUUUCGGGAAAAGUAAAUUGGUACAGUAAAUCUGUAAAAGGCCCAAUCAUCAAAGGUGACUGAUAUUGGUCAGGUGGCAACAACUUAAAUUUGAUCAAGAUGGAGAAUGAAGAAAAUGAUGAGGAGGAGGUGAAGGAUGGCCCAGUUAAACGAAAAAGAGGCCGCCCCAAGUCUACAAAGGAUCCGAAAGCAAGAGAAUUCUGUUGUGAACAUUGUGGGAAAACUUUCAAACAACUUAAUGUCUUUCGGGUUCACACAAGGAUCCACACAGGGGAACGACCCUACCAGUGUGAACUUUGUGGUAUGAGUUUCAAUCAAAUAGGUACUCUCAAAGAUCAUCAAAAAAUUCAUACUGGGGAGAAGCCCCACCCAUGUCCACACUGCCCAUCCCGAUUCACCAACAAGACAAGACUAACACGUCAUAUUCGUACACAUACUGGAGAAAGGCCUUAUAAAUGUGAUUUUUGUCAAAUGGACUUUGCCACCCAGAGUGUUCUGGUCAAACAUCGGCGUGUUCACACAGGAGAAAAACCAUUUAGUUGUGAUGAAUGUGGCAUGUCCUUUACUCAGCGUUCUACACUUGUCAACCACAAGAAGGUGCACACAGGAAAGCGAAGACGCUACCCUCAGAGACUUCUCUACUUUCUUUGCAAACCUUGCUCUCGCUAUUACCCAACGGUAGAGAAACUACACUCCCAUGUGUGCCUUCCAACAGGACAGACACCAGAAGGACAACACAGCUGUGAUGCAUGCCCAAAGAAAUUUUCUAGUUCCAAAGCUGUCAAGAAGCACCAGACUGAGUCACAUGGACCAGACGCUGACACUGAGCAAGUUUGUGUGGUCUGUAAAGAGAUUUUCCCUACUCUUGACGAGCUGGCUGAACAUGUUCAGACCCACGGCAAACCUAAAGCGCCCGAAAAUGCCCAACAACAGGAAACUAAUGUCAUCACCACAUUCGAGUGUUCUGAUUGCGGAAAAUUUUGUAACACCAAGGCUCAACUACUCAUCCAUCAACGGAUUCACACUGGAGAACGGCCGUUUGUCUGCCCGCACUGCUCCAAAUCUUUCCGAUAUCGCCAAAAUCUCAAGGAGCACCUCAAUAGUCACCAGGGCAACAGACCUUAUGCUUGCGAUCAAUGUGAUAAGCGUUUUGCUUUUUCGGCAAACUUGUCGACUCACAAACUGACUCAUGGUGAAUCCAAGGGUCGUUGUCGUUUUUGCAACAAGAGCUUUCGAAGCACCGUACGCCUGCAAGCCCAUGAAGCUGAACACCUUGUCGAAGCUGGCGAAGGUGCUGCUAUCCCAAAUGAAGAGGUCGAGAGCUAUCUGGUAAUUUCCAUGGAGAAUUGAUGAUGUGAAGCUUACGCGGUGCUUAAUGGUAAGAUUGUUUAAAGAAAAAAGAAAAAGACAAAAAAAAUACAAAACAAGACAAACAACA